AUGUCAAAAGGUAACAAGACACCAUUACUCUCUAAAGACUCAAAACGUUUGACGACGUUCUUAAUCCAUGAAGAUAUCAAUGUACUUGCCCUAAAUGCUAACAAGUUCAUCCUCAUCCUUUCUGGACAUUUUCACUACUGUGACAAAGAAUCCGAUGCCACCAAAGUCCCGCUUUUCCAGGGAAUCCAAGCAGCCCUUUCUGCUUUGAUUGUUUCAAGCUGCGAGUCGGUGUGUGCAACGGCUGGCAGUAUUGCUGAGCAAUCGAACUUGCUCGCUUGAAAGGCUUCAGACAGGUCUGAGAAAUUGCCAGGCUAGGAUGUAAACAGUUCCUGGGAACUCGUUUUUUGUGAUCUUCUGGAGAAAUCCAAAGACUGCUCGAGCAAGACUUCUCAGUCUUCUUAAAUAUUCUUAAGAGCUUUACGGCAAAACCACAUUUACUGAAAUUCAGCAAGCGAAAACGGCACGCCUUUUUCUACCUUCUUGUGAUGACGUUUGGUUGUUUUCUGUCACAUUCUUUGCACUUUUCAAAUUCUCUUAAGCGAAUUCUCAAGCCACCGCCGUUGCUAGAGUGGUCAGUGGACAACCUCGUCCCCAGGGCGCUUUUCCAAAGCCAAGGAAAAGCGCCCUGAGGACGAGGUUGGACAGCGGAGAAGCUUCAACGAACUUGAUAGGUGGAAUCAAGGUUCAAAACACAGGACCACUUAGCGUCGUCUUGGUGGAAGAGAAGUUCCAGUCCCUAACCGUCAAUCCCAGGAAUAUCGAUGCAGAGAAUGACGAUAAAACUUUGAACAUUGAUAAUCACGACGUCAGGAAAGCUGAGCAAAUAAAAUAA